CAAGCGCAGAAGGUGCAGAGAAAUAAACUGGUCUGUUUCCGGAGUCUGUAAUCCACAGGUUUCAAGGAAGCUAUCUGAAAAGUUUAUUUAGUAAUGCAAGUUAUCUAAAUAGGAAAGUUUAUAUUUAUGUAUGUGAUGUGAAAUCGUAGUUCUGGGUACUUGAAUGGAGUAUAAUGACCAUGUUGGUUGUUUUAUUUAUUUUACCAGUUCCGUGAAUGUAAGCUAAUGGUAGCUUGGCAUCUAACUGGCUGGGUAGCAAACCCACUAGCUAGCGGCGAGUUACGUAUUUGUCUUAUUUGUGCUCGUUUGUCCACGUCUUUCUUUGCGUGUAUAUAUUGGCUAUAGAUACUCUGUAAAACGGGCUGAUCAGUUUCCAAUAUUCUCUGCACACGCUGACAUCUUGAUGUCAGUCUGUCGAUAUUUCUCGUUUCUGAUCGCUGUAGUCAUUUAGAUGCUCUCUGUAUUAAAGCUUUAAUUAUGAACAGGCGUACUCCAACAUGAGAUGAUAAGCAGACACCCCUGUCAAAAUAGCAUGCAUUGAGUGCUGACGAAUUCAAUCAAGAGGAGCUUACCAUCGACCAAACAAGCUAACGGAAUUUCAGAGCAACCGCCUCGGAGAAAGAAGAGAAGUUGUUUGCACGACAGUUCGUGUGACAUGUCCUUGCCGUCCCCGGUGCAGAUCAAGGAGGCGAACGCGCACCUGGUCGCCGUGCACAGGCGGGUGGCAGAGCUUGAACAGCGCCUGGAGGCUGCGGAGAACACUGUGCGGGAGCAAGCGGAGAGCCUUAUCCGAAAAGACGAGCAACUCAGGGCUGCUACACAGGAAAUUGCGGAGGUCAAGGAUAGGGAGAUUGCCUAUCUGCAUGAGAAGUUGUGUAAAUCGGAGGAAACCAUUCAGAAGUUCCAGAACGUGGUGAAAGAAAGGGAUGUCUUGAUUGGGCAGCUGCGACACCGCUGCCAACUGCUGGACAAUAUCUGUAAGAGCCGGCCCUUGCUGGACAGCAUGCUGUCGCACAUGGCUGAGGCAGAACGAUUGGGCCCAGUCAUCGGUGCUACUGAGGCCAUCAGUUUAUCCCUCACUGACGGGGACUCAAACUGCAGUCCCAGCCGCAUUGGCAACCACAAGGACUUUUCCCUCAGCGAGGAUGACAUGGAUGACCAAGAUGUAGAUGAUAUUGUAUUUGGAACUACCGUGUAACACGGUGUGUCAGACCUGAAUGUCAGCUUUGAAGGGGUAGUUUUGAACCUUCCGAAAGGUUCGGAGCACCAAAGCAGAGUCUUUCAAGGCCAGAUGAUGGUCCCUGCUUAUUAUUGUUUGUUUACCCAUCAGCUGUGGUUUACUUUAGGAAUAAUCAAGUUAAGUUGCAACAGUGUGGAUAAACAGAGAGUUGCAUGCUGAGAACCUUCUAAAAGGGAAGGGGGUAGUAUAACCCAACUGGUGGCAUGUUGAAGCAAGUAGAGACCUCCAGUCUUGUACUGAGACUUAAGAAUAUGACUGAGCUGAGUGAAUGAACACACCCUCUAGAAAAUUCUGUACAUUAUAACACUGUUCAUUUAAUCUGUGGAUUCUGUUAGAUUUAAAAUCUUAAACAUAAAAGAAUAGACUGACUCCAAUUACUUUAUGCUUCUAUUUCCCAUCUUCUAUCUAACUCUUGUUGACAGCAAAACUUUAAUUAGGUUACAUAAAACACUGUAACCUUGAAAGACCAAUUGUAGUAACAAAGCUGUAAAUAUUGUCUGUAAACUGCUAAAUGUGGUCUUGGUUAAGCAUCUCCCAAAUUAAACAGAUAAUUUUCAGUACAUUUAAACAUCACUGAUCAUAUGCUUUAAGUACAAUUACAAAUGAAAAUCAACAUGUGUUAACAAUUUGCUUGUCAUAUGGUUACCAUUUUUAAACAGAUAGCCGAAAUACUCAAAUGCUAGGUUGCACAAAUGUUCAAGUUCUUUCUCUUAAUUAGAAUUUUUUUAUUUAAAAAAACCCCUGUAAAAUGUACAGUAAUUAAUGUGAAAAUAUAAUACAUAAACAGUUUAACUAUAGAUACAUUCAUUUUUAGUCAUGCUGUUGAUUUAAAAGUUAAACUUAGCUUGAAGCACUUUUCAGGGACUAUAUUUAAACAUUUUAACCUCUCAACUUUAAACGUAAACUUGAACCACUAUAAUAAUGAUGGUGAUGACGACGAUGAAUGUAGGGAAGCAGAUCCUCUUUAUUAAAUGUCAUGUGCUGCCUGACACAGGAGCUUUACUUCAGCAACUACCAUAGGCCUUUUCAGAAGCUGUGAUAUACGGGUACAGUUUUUAACAUUUAGUGACCCUCUUCAGAAACAAAAUGGUACCGUGAAUUUAUUUAGAACAAUCCGCUGGACUCUUAUGAACAUGCUCUUUUCAGGGAGACAAGAACCAUUGUUCACCAAAGCUUUAAUUUAAAACCAGGUCAUCUUUACAGUUGUCUUAAAAUAAUGGUUAAAAAGAAUAAUAUGUUAAUUAAAGAUUUCAUAAGGAAAGCAAAGCUUUGUCCUUUUUUUGUCUUUGCAACAACAGUAUGAGGGAUGAGAAUGUCCAAAUCAGUUUAAAAAGGCAGAAAUCCCUCAUAAAAAGUUAUCUCCUGUUCUAAUUAACAUGUCUGGCAGUUACAGAAUUCAGUUGCUGUUAUUUAUAGGCACUCAGUGAGGAUUUAUUUGUUGAGCACAAUGAUUUAGAUGUGAUUAGGCUAUAUGUAUAGUGUUAAUAGAUGUAUAAGCGAGAAUAUAGAAAUGUAGUCUGGCUGUAUUAUUCACAUUAUUUGUGCCACUUUUUGUACAAAUGCAUUAUGUGCACUCCGCUUUAGUCAAAGCGUUUUUGUGAAAUGAAGGUCUGUUUAGUUUUUUUGUGAGAUUAAUAAGGUGCUCAAUGAAUAGAAUCUUAUAACUUUCAAAGUUUAUUAAAUACAAGCCACAUAUUAAACAAGAGGACGCAUGUCCUAUUUUAUCUUCUUCAAUCAAUUUUCAAUUUAUCUUUGCAUCAGUGGGGAUGUGGACCAAGCUCUAAGGCAACCACAUGGGCCCCGCAGCCGCCCUGCGUGUGAGCUGGGUCUCUGAUCACCUGCAUCCAGCUUCAUGCAGGUGAUCCAGCCGGUGAAGUUGCUUCGGUGAAGCAGUCUAUGCAAAUGAUACAUUUGCCAGUUUUUCAGCUAUAGUAUAAACACAUGAUUUUGCUCAGAUGCCACCAGCAUAAAGUGGGAGACCAAUUAAACAUAUUUGAAUUGGGUUGAAAAUGAAUUGCUGAUGCCUUUUUCUUCAGCUACUGUUUAUGUAAAGGAAGCUAUUUAAUCUUUUUAUUCAGCACAGUAUGUGGCUUUUUUUCCUAGCCAAUGCAGUUUGCUUCAUCGUGGCUCAAAUUCCACAUUGGGAAGCAGAAGGUAUCUAUUUUCCUGUGGUUUCCGGGCUGUUAGAUAAUACAGCUGCAGGAUAAAGCAAGCACUGACAAAAUACCAGUGCGUGUAAAGGUCAUUUGUAGAGUUGCCUGUUUUUUUUUUUUGUUUUUUUUUGUUUUUUAGAACAACAUUGUAUCAACCUUGGGUGUUGUCAAUUUUUAGUCUGUUUUGGCAAAUAUCAAGUAUGGUUCCAUGUUACCAAGAUACUGAAUGUGAGUAAAAUGUUACUGCCAGUAAUGGAGAAUGUUUUUUCCAGGUUGUGUUAAAGGACAGGCUAGGUAUAAUCCCAGGAUUAAUUUUGUUUGCUACUGCAGUAUUUACAUUUUUGUGAAGCGAGCUUGCCUCGUAAAAUUAACCAAACAUGCAAUUGCUUUGGAUAAUCUGAUAGAGCAGUAUUUGCAUUUUCUGUACUUUGUACACUUUUGUUCCAAACCUUACAUAGCAUUUGAAACAUAAUUGGGUUCUUUACCAGUGUUUACAAUCUCUGAACAUCUACAUUGAAUGAUUCCUGGUGCUGCUCAUGAGGACACCAUUUCGCAAUUCACUUAAAUUAGUCCAAGACAUCAGCCUUCUAUGCAAAUCUUUUUCUCAUUCAUAUUUUAGGCAAAUGAUUUUGUUCCAUGACAUACUGAGGCAACCAUGUAGUUCCUAUGACUUUGAAGGCAACAUUCUCACAAGCACAGGAUGUUAGUAAUCACUUAACUGUCAAAUGGCUGGUUUUUGCUCCUUUUGCCUUAAUUCAUACAGUGGGAGAGUGUGCAAUGUUAUACAACCUCCAGAUGAAAAAAAUAAAAAUUUAAGAUGGGAUUUUUUUUUUUUUUUUUUAACUGAUCAUGGUUCCGCCAGUGACUGGCCAAAUAAAAGUUGGCUUCCAACAGUAUAUUCACGUUAUUGUUCAAAUGAAAACAAAUCACUUCAACAUUCCAGCCCUAAUACCGUUAAGCCAAAGCUAUACGAGAAAAAAAAGUUCUGUUGAUAAAUCUGGAUAAAGGGUCUGGUAUUUUUUCAUGCUGAAGACAUAUCUUUGUCUUUGAUAUGAUUUGUACAUGUAUUUAACACUGGCUUUAAUAAUAAAAUAAAAAACAUUGUGAUUCUUUA